GUGUGGGGUAUAUGUCAGGAUAUGUAAAGCAUUUGCUCCAUCCAUCACCAUCCCCCUACAGAGGACCCCCACCCCUCACACAAAAAAAGUUUGAACAACAAGCGGCUGGACCAAUAGCAUCGGGAGAAGCCGGGAAAGGGGCCGAGCAAAGGGCAAGGGAUGAGGAACAAAACAGUGUAGUAGGCAAGGCUGGAGGAGAAGCUGUACACACGCUGUGGGUUGCAGUUGUUUGUUUGCUUACUCUGUGCGCGCAGAAUGACAUGUAACUAGUGUAAGACUGUGAAAGACUGGACAUUUGUGUACUUCAUGUGCGCUACGCCCCCCCUCGCAUCCUAACAGAGUGGAAUAGGCGGCCCGGGGAGCAGCAGCGCACUCGGCUUUUCCCUCCCCUCCCGUAGAAAGUGAAAAGACUCUGGAGUUUACAAAGGUCACGGCACCAGGAGAAGGAGCUGCUGAAGCAAGUCCGGAGGUAGAGAAGGCAGCAGAGAGCCGUGGCUUUUUAUAUUGUGCAUGAGAUGAGAAUACAGCCUGGGCAGAAGAACACGACAUGAACUUACAAAGCAACGGGACGCCCCUGCUAUUGUGAGAGCCGCUGAGCUCCGGCCCCCCAGCUGUCCGAGGAUUUCAUGCUGUGAGAGUCCCUAGUGCGCUGCCUGCUCAUCCCCAUGCGGAGUGUGCGGAGCCCGGAGAAGCACUGCUGCUGCUGCUGAUCUUUGUGCGUCUCUAGUCCCUUUGCACAUUCCCGCGGAGGAGGAGGAGGCGAUGGCGCUGCUGCGCGUGAUGCUGCUGCUGUUGGGCUCCCUGCUCGGGGGAUCGUGGGGCCGGCGGCUAAUCUGCUGGCAGGCAAUGAUGCGGUGCCAAGAGGAAGCGGAGUGCAGCUAUGCCUACAGACAGUAUGUAGAUGCGUGCUCGUCGGUGCUGCCCAGGCCGGGGGGAGAGGCCGCCUCUUCUUCAUCAUCAUCAUCAUCAUCAUCCCGGCGCCGGUGCCCCAGCCACUGUAUCUCUGCCCUCAUCCAGCUCAACCACACCAGGUGGGGACCGGCUCUGGAGGACUGCGACUGCGCCAUGGACGAAACGUGCCGCGCCACCAAAAGAGCUGUGGAGCCGUGUAUGCCGAGGACCAGCAGGGACAGCGGAGCCGGCAGCACUUCCAACGGCCGCGGGGUGAUGGGCUGUAUGGAGGCGCGCAAGUUGUGCGAGGGAGACUGGCGCUGCGGGAUGUCCCUGAGCCGCUACCUGACAAAGUGCGGCCGCCUCUUCGACGGGCUGCGCUGCACGGACGAGUGCAAAGAGGUGAUAGAGGACAUGAUGCGGGUGCCCAAGGCCAUGCUGCUCAGCGAGUGCGAGUGCGACGGACACGAGAGGCCCAUCUGCGAGUCCAUCAAGGAGAACAUGGCCCGCCUGUGCUUCGGCCUGGAUUUGGCGAACGCGGGCCCGGGGAGCAGCGGGAGGUCCGAGUAUGACUAUGACGACGAGGAGGACUAUGCUGACGAGCCCGGCACCAAGGAAGGCUCCUACGAGUAUUAUCCGCAGCCGUCUGGGAAGGCCGGAGAUCAGGACGGUGCCAGUAGGGGGUCGCAAAAUGGUGCUCGGACUGUUGCCUCUGCAUGGACUGCUUACAUGAUGCUCCUAGCCAUUGUGCUAUCACUGCCUGUGCUAUAGCUGGGGACAGACCCACACUCACUCACUUCAAGCACUGGCCCACAUCAAAAAGCCACUCGCCCCCUGGGACGCCAUGCAAACAAAAUACCAGGACUCUCCUGCUACUAAUGCAACUGGAUAUUUCCAGGACUCGGGAAUGAUGCUGCCCAGUAUAACCCCUGAUGGAUGCCUUAGCUGUUACUUCCAUCUUGUUCCCAAUCCAUCACCUUCAUAUCCUUAUGUAACUGGACUUAUCCCUUAUGAUUCCUGAGUGCUCCACCAUCAAAUGAUUGUAUCCCACCAGGUGCUGCAGAACUACAACUCCAGACUGCUCCACAACUUCGGUUGUUGAGGGGUUAAUGGGAGCUGUUGUUAUUCAAUAGCUGGAGGGCUGUAGGUUGCACUUGUCUGGCCUACUCUUUACUAACACCUUUUGUAUUACUAUGCAGCAGCUGUGCUUUAGUAUUAUAGAACAACUGGUGGGUAUAAGUGCUUCUGAUAUCUUCUUGCUAAUUAGGAAGUCUGGCAUAUCCACUGUAGAGGUCACCUGGCCUCCCUGUAUCUUUCACCAGUGUACACACAGGCUCUUGGGAAUUCCCAUCAUCUUGAGCAUCUGCACAGAUGUAGCUUUUAGUCAGUACUAUGCAGGUCUUCUUUAAAUCUUGAUCUAGCCACCUGAAAUGCCUUUCUGCUUUUUUUAAGACCCUGUUUGCUUCAAUCGAACAACAUCCAGGGCAACUAGCUGCUUAUUUGGCUUUUGUCAAGAUGACAACACGAGCCAUCCAAAUACGCUGCCAAAACCACUGCCUUACAAGUCCAAAUUUCCCAUCCUGAGAUGGAGUUAAUGGAUAGCCUUGCCUGCCUUAUUGAUUUUAUGUCAUUCAGCCAAUCUAAAGGAUAGGGCAAUUAUGUAAUAUAACGUACCAUUUUUAUUAACUUGACAAUAUUAUAUUUGACCCAGAAUUAUUUUUUUACAUGCAGUGGUGUAUAGUCAGUGGUCAUAGUGAAAGAGGUAACUUUGAGGUAAACAUUUGUAUAGUUUAGUGUUUUAUUGUGUUUUGGUGCAGACGUAUCAGCUAGAUCCUAUUGAUAUUAGUCACGUUUGUUUCCACUCAAAAUACUGCGUAUUCCUUUGACUUUUUUGAGCAUUAAGGAAUCUCUACUGCUCUUAUAUAUGCAAUAAAAUAACAAAAAUGAAGCAGUUUUGGAAAAAAGUGAUUAACCCAUAACCAUGUUUGGUUGGCACUCCAUGGAACUUAGUGGGAUAUUAUUUUCUACUAGAACUGCUGCUUUAUAGCCCAUUGAAGAAUAACAUAUGUGGUGUUCUAGUUUGUCCCCAUAUUGUGCCUUUCAACUUGAAACAGCUAUCUAUAUCACAUUUGUACGAGAACAUAAAUGUGGCCUUACUAGUGGUUCAGUACUCUUUCUUUGCACCAGGUACAUCUACAUUCUCUUAAACUUUAGUUAAACUGAACAGAACCUUGUUUUACACAGCUGUGCACUGCCAUUUAAAAAAAGUUCAUUUUAUGAAUACCUUGUAAAUAAAAUAGAGAAAUAAAUAUUGUUCAUAUGAGUAUCAAAGUGAUCCUUCCUGGUUACAGCAAACCUAUAAAUAGUGUAUUUAAAUCUUGCAUUUGUAACUCAUGACUUUACAUUUGUACAUAUUUUUUUUAUAUAAAUUGUAUUCUCUGAUGAAUAAUUUAUUUAUAAUAUAGAGAUGAAUUUAAUGUGUUUGCAAACAAUUUCUUGACCGAGAAGGUACCUUAAAAAAUAAAUGUGCUUCAAAUGUACAGUGUAUUUUAAAGAUUUCUUGAAGUGAAACCUAUUUUUGCAGAGAAUUUAUGGACUUUGUAGAAAUGUAUAAAUGUUGUCUCCUUGAAGAUAUUGCCUUACACGUUUGUAUUUUUAUAAAUGAAAUAAUAACAGUUUAUUCAGAACCUUGA